UUACUAUUCGUCACACACAUACGUGCUACCUCCCCGGUCAAAAACCCUGACUAUCCUAUAUUUGAUAUACUAGAUAUUGUGUGAUCACAUCGUCCAUUGAUAGACGCCCAAAUAAAAUUAAAUGGCUGCACAGGAGAGGAGGAAUAUUAUAAUAGAUACAGACGGCGGUGUUAACGAUGAACAGGAGAGGAGGAAGAUUAUAAUAGAUACAGACGGCGGUGUAGACGAUGCACAGGCUAUCUUCAUGAUGUUGGACUCCAUCGUGUAUGACGUCAUUGGGAUCACGUGCGUUAGAGUCAACAGUGCCGUGGACCAAGUCGUACGCAACGUACUGAAAAUACUCACAGCUGCUGAUCAAUUAAAUAUUCCCGUUUUUCGGGGAUGUGAUUGCUCUGUCCUUGGCGAGGUUUCGUAAAAUACAAUGUGUAGAAGUUACCACGGAGAGGAUGGAUUUGGCAAUUGCCCUUAUAUUGAAGAACCGGAUGUUGGCCUUCUAGAAGAGGAAACAGCGAUAGAUGCAAUGAUACGGCUACCCAAGGCACACCCUGGAGAGAUAACCCUGAUGUGUAUAGGACCAUUAACGAAUCUCGCCACAGCCCUUAAGAUAGACCAAUACUUCGGGUGUCGUCUGAGGGACUGUUAUAUAAUGGGAGGCAACUAUUACGGAAGAGGUAACGCUACUGUGAGUGCAGAAUUCAACUUUUAUGCAAACCCGGAAGCAGCUUUUGUUGCGCUUGCGCAUCUCCGAUGUCCCACAACACUUGUUGGCCUUAGAAAAUGUCACAGCAUGGCAUAAUUAUGACGAACUACGAGCAAUCCCUGGCAAGCGAAAUCAAUUUUUGAAAUCCAUUGAAGAAAAUCCAAUUGCUUUUCACGCACACAAGGCUGUAACUAUUGUUCUCCCGAUGCGGUUUAGGCGGCUGUCAUGUUGAACUCAACAGCUAUAGUCAUGGAGACGCUAUGCGUGUACGCCACUGUAGAAGUUAGUGGGAAGUUAACGUGCGGGCUGAUGGUGAUGGACUGGAAUCAGGCACUUAAGAAAGAACCAAACAUAAACAGUGUAACCAAAAUUAAUAAAGGUGCUUUUCUCGGUGAGCUUCGGAAAACUGCACAGACCAAUACUGUGUGUGAAUGUAAGGCAGAUUAGACUAUCAUCUUACUUUAUAAACACUACUAAUGUAAUCACAGACCAAUACUGUGUGUGAAUGUAAGGCAGAUAAGACUAGCAUCUUACUUUAUAAAUACCACUGAUGUAAUUACGGCAGAUUAGAUUAGCAUCUUACUUCAUAAACACCACUGAUGUAAAUACGGCAGAUUAGACUAUCAUCUUACUUUAUAAACACCACUGAUGUAAUUACGGCAGAUUAGACUAUCAUCUUAAUUUAUAAACACCACUGAUGUAAUAACAGACCAAUACUGUGUGUGAAUGUAAGGCAGAUAAGACU